AUGCCCGCCCAACGCACCUUUGGAAUGGACCACCCGCACCACGCCUGGUCACCUAUUGUCGGCCGGCCGGCCCUUAAGUGGCCGGGCGAUGCACCGGUUGCGCUAAGUGUGGUGAUUCCUCUGGAACAUAUGGAAUGGCAGGCGCCCCCGGGCAGUUACCAGGUGGCGCGCCUGUCUGGUGGGUCUACCCCCAGGGAGUUUCCCGACUUUGCGCGCCUUUCCCACCGUGAAUACGGGCAUAGAAUCGGCAUUUUUCGUCUGCUGGACGUGCUGGAAAAGCAUGGGAUAAGGGCGACGAUAGCGAUGGAUGCGUUGACUGCCGAGCAUUACCCGUUCCUCGUGCGACACUGCCUCGACCGUGGAUCCGAGAUUAUCGGCCACGGCAUAUCGGUUAGCAGGAUGAUCACCAGCAAUAUGACCGAGGCCGAGGAGCGAGAUUAUAUCGUCGCCUCUGUCGAUGGGCUGACAAAGGCCACGGGGAAGGCGCCCCGGGGUUGGUUCGGCCCGGAAUACGGGGAGUCGGACCGCACCCCGCAAUUGCUGGCCGAGGAGGGGAUUGCUUAUGUUUGUGACUGGGCCAACGACGAACAGCCUUACCCGAUGACGACCGGAGCCAAUCCCUUCUUUGCUUUGCCCCUCCUGUACGAGUUGGACGACGUGGUGGCCCUUUCUCAGAAACUGAUGCCCGUGUUUGAAUACGAGCGGAUGCUGGGCGAGAGCUUUGACGUACUGAAACAAGACGGGGUCGCCAACGGGCGACUGAUGGUCCUGAACUGGCAUCCCUGGCUGGUGGGACAGCCCUUCCGGAUUGGCUGCAUUGACCGGGCGUUAGGUUACAUCAUGGGCCAGGGCGGGGUCUGGGCCGCCACCGGGUCGGAAGUCAUCGACUGGUACCGCAAUCAGUCCGGCUAA